CCGGCAACCAUGCGGUAAAAUAUAUCUUUUUCUUGGUUCUUACUUAUGGCCUCUCGCCUAUGCGCCAAACACUGUUAAGCAAAAUUAACUAGAGUCGUGAUUAUUUAUUCGUUGACCGCUGCCAGCUACGAUGGAUCAAGGGCCAGUAGGGGCCGUUGAGGAGUGUUUCUCCGUUGGAGCUGAGGAGAUGGUGGUCCAUAGUGAAGAAGUUGUUACUUCCAAUGAAAUUGUUGCCGGUACAGCAACAAAUGCCGCCACCACCCAGCAACUGCCACAAGCACAGACACAGCCUUCUACAAUUUACAACAUUCCAACUGUUUUAACAUCCUCUGGACCCAUCAUGCAAGUUGUAACUUUACAGACAGUCCAGCAACCCUCUACGGCUCAAGCUGGCCUGACUAAUGCCUUGAGAAACAUUCGUUUAAUUGCAAUUCAGCCAAAGCUUCCUCUAAACGGAACCAAUGGUCGUGCUCAGCCAAUCUCACUUCAGCCCACUCCUAAGCCACAAGUUAAAAUCCAACCUCAACACAAUGAGCCUAGCAAAAAGGUAGCUGUUAAGAGCUUUUACAGCAAGAAGCUGUCUCAACCUGCAGUUUUGGCACCUAAGCCACCACAGCAAGUUGUGAAGCCAAGCCCCAGCUUCUACAAAGAGCAACAAAGAGAGCGUGAAAUGAAGGAGUUCUCCCAUUUGAGUGAGGAAUUACAAAGGGGUCUACGUAUUUUCUUGGAUCUCACAAUUUCUCUGCAUCACAACACUACAUGGCCAUUCAUGGAACAAGUGGAUCCCGUUAAGGAUGGCGCACCCGACUACCACCAAGUCAUCAAGAAACCUAUGUGGCUUAGUUUGAUCAAAGACAAGUUUCGAAAAAACCAGUACAGCUCCAUAAGCGAUUUUGUGGGAGACAUGCGGUUGAUACUGGAAAAUUGCUACCGCUACAAUGGGCCAAACCAUCCCAUCACAAAAAAAGCUUUGAGACUCGAACAAAGUCUUGAGCAGAAACUGGCUCUAUUACCGAGUGAUCUACGCUCUCUUUGUGCCGUCGCGGAAACUGAUGCUGAACGAAAAGCUCGUCCUGGGUCAUCCGACGCCUAUUUUUCGGUGCUUUUACACCGAGUGAGACACGAGCGGGAGCAGCGUGAUCAGUUAGCUAAAGAAAAACGUGCCGAAGAGCAACGAUUAAAACGCGAAGAAAAAGAACGCCAAAGAUGUCUUUGGGCAGAACGAAUGAUGAAUCCAGAGGUUAAGGCACAAAUGAAAACGAUGUGGGAAAUACCGCAGAUAGGUCAUUUUCUCCAUCUUGCUCGUGGAGCUUUGCAUAUCGGGGAAAUUGCCCAAUAUGAAUUAGAACACAUGUUCCUUAUGCCAGAGUCCUCGGCUCUACUGGCCACACUCAUGACAUCGUUACUCAGUUCUCCCAAUCAACGUGUUAAAUUAGCUGAAUCACCCCCUACGCCUUACGCUGUUUGGUCUGCCAAAGUCAACAGCCGGGUUGCUGAAUGGUAUCGUAACUACAAUCGGGAAGGACGCCAAUUCGUGAAAUUGCACGAACUACUUGGCUUGGAGCCAAUUUUUUGGCGGGUUUGUGGUGAUACCAAUCCUCUAGAUGGAGGUAAACUCUACCAUCAGCUGAGCUUCCUAAAAAGAGUUUGGAUUUUCAAGGGUAUCUGCGACACGGUAGCGCAUUCCCACAAAACCGUACAAGAAGCCAUGGCGGAAGAGGAAGGGCCCGAAUCACGGCAAGUAACUCUCGGGCAAGACGCUAAUGGGUUUACAUAUCUGCAUUUCCCGGCUGUAAGUGGGUCAGAUAUUCGCGUCUAUCGUCAGAAAACCGGGGAGUUCGAAGACGAUCCCAUAUGGGGACCAAUCGUAGCAGAACGGCGUGAAGCGGAAGAAGAACGAAUCCGUGAGGAAGAAACCAAAGCAGCCGAACUCAAGAAGCGUAAACGAACGUCAGCAGCUUCAAAACGGGCUUCGACAACUCCAAAAAGGUCUUCGCCCGCCAAAAAAAAGCAAUCACGGACACCAAUUGUCAACACGACUCCAACUCCGCAGAGAAAAAGAUCUUCUACAGCAGAUGAACGUCCUUCGCGAAUAGGUACACGCAUCUCCCCACGUACCUUGCAACGACAAACUGGCCUUACCCAUUAUAAAGACACAUCCAGCGAAUCGGAGGACGACGAGGAUAGCGUUGAAGUUAGCGAAAUUUCAGAAGACCCGAACGGUGACAAAGAAGACGAAGAAGAAGAAGAAGAAGAAGAAGAAGAAGACGAAGAGCCUAACGAACAGACUGUCGCUGUGGCGAAAACUGCUCAGCGAAAAAAACGUGGUCGGAGAACAAGAAGCCGAAAGAGGCCGGUUAAAAAGAAAUUGCAAAAGAUCGUUGAAGAGGCAGAAGAAACUGCGGAGAAAAAAACGGCAAUUGAAGAAGCAGAAAAAGUGGAAAUGAAAGUAGAAAAAAAAGAUGCGGAAGAAAAAGUUCAGAAUGAAGAUAAGAUUGUGAAAGAAGAAGAGACGUCUAACAUCGGUGAAGAUGACAAUGUCUUCGAUGAAGCUGAUGAGACGCUCGACAAGCAAGAAAAAGGCUCCAAAGAAGGAGAUGAAGUAAUAAAGCCGCCAAUUCCCUUACAGGGCGAAACCAUUAAGACCGAUAUAAAGAAGGAAGAGAGCGAACAACCUGUAAUUAACGAAGAACAAAACGAACCGAAGAAAGAAGGUCUAGUUAAGGGUGAGGGUGAAGAGUCUUCGCCAUCAGCUACUACUCAGCGCUUUACGGUGUCACAAUUGUUGCAAAAACUCGCUCCAUCAAAAGAGCCAGCAACACCAGCAGCUCCUGAAACUACCACUUCUUCGGAAGCAGAACCGAUAUCCGAGACGGUUUCCGAUCCUGAUCGUGCAUCGUAUGACCCCUACUUCUUCGAACUCAUCAUUUCCAAUGUAGAAGAAUUACAAGACUGGAUCAAUCGCUUUAGCGAUGUAAAUGAAGAAGGAAAACCUCGUCCUCGCUGUGAGGUAAAACUCCGCGAGCAUCUUCAGUCGCUGCUGGAGGAGGCCCAGCCACUGGCGUCUGACCAGCAACAAGCCAAUCAAAAAAUUUGCCAACAACUGUGGAAAGAAUGGGAACGCUACCGAUGCUCUUCAUCGAGCAAUCGCCAAACCUCUGGUGCAGCCGAUGAAAGCGAUCGAAUUCGUGAUUCAGGCAUGUCAGAAUCGGAGGGUUCUCAACCAGAAGAUAACACGAGCUCUAUCGGAUCGGAAGAUGGCGUGCGACAUUCACGCCGACUUCGAGUUAAGCGUAUUCUACACACAGCUAAUGGUUCUCAUCAGAGUACGAGAAGUUCCAGUCCGAUGGAAGAAGAGCCUCCUAGCAAACACAAUCGCAAAGGGUCCUAUAACUUUGAUCCGGCUUGGGACUCGGACGCCCAUUCAACACCUGAAACACCUGUGGGUCGUAAACGUUCUAACUACAUCCCUGAAAUGAAAAAUCCUGGCUUUUGGAUUGGGCGACGCGUUACCAGGGCAACAGCUGAAUUUGUUGGUGUUCCAGAAGAAAGCACAAGUCCACCUCAAGAACCACAAAAUAGCCAACCUGUGAUUAAGUCUGUAGACAAAUCUCCUCCAGCAGGCGUCCAAACAGACCAGCUCGUUGAUCAGCUUCGUCAACUCCGUCGACAACAGGUUUUACUCAGCAGUAACGAUCCACGUCCAAGUGUAUCAGCUGUCAGCUCACCUAACGGUUCACCGUCAGUUUAUUUUCCCUCUAAAGACGGACAACUAGUAAGAAUCACGAACCCGAAAACAGCUGGAUUUCUCACACAGCUCAAAACCAACCGGUCAUUACAGUCAAACACGUCUAGCCCAAUUGCUGCUCAACCGAGACCGAGAAAAUUUUCAUUCAUCAAAAGGCCCCCCCCAUUCCAUUCAUCAAAGCGGGUGCGGGGGGGCCAACCAGCCCCAGUAUCCAUCGACAUCACCCAGUUAGUUAGCCAGGCAGCCCUAAAUGGGUUGAUUGUGGCUCACGAGCCGCGCAGUCUAUCGUUGGAUAUGGGACAACAUGGGCGUUUUAUGGUCACAGCCCAAAUGACACCAGCUGGCCCUAAAGUCAUCAGCGCAUCUCCGUUGCCACGAAAGUUGAAAAUCAUUACUAAUGCGGCUUCUACGGACGCCGCUUCCGUUGUUCAAGCUGUUCCUGAAUUGGCAGUUGCAGCUACCGAAUCAACUCUUGUCGAUUCUUCUUCUCCCAAAGUCGUUCUUGCAGUUCCCACUUCAAUUGAAUUAAAUUCUGCAAUUCCUGUUGCUGAGGAAUCGACUGCUACAACCUCUAUUGCCGCUAAUUUGGCUCACGCAGAUCAGCCUGCUGCAAUAGAUGUCACCACCGUAACCAAACCAAUCCCUCCUAACGUGACGCCAUCCCUUGUCAACCCGGCCAUUACCCCUAAGACCAAUGGAUCGCCUGCCGUUUCCAAACAAAUCCUUAUUAGCGAUCCGAGACAGAACAAUAUUAUCAGUGCUGAUAUUCUUCGUUCAGUUGCUGGGCCAGAAGCUGUUGGAGCAAGAUUGACUAUUGUCAAAGAAGGCAACUUGAAGAUGCUUACCUUGAUUCUCUCCAAUGGCGAGAUUCGCCGACUUACCAAUUCACAGGUCCAGCAGAUCCAGGCCGCUGUACGCAACAAAACGAAACCUACAAGCGAUGAAGCUGCAGCUUCCUGAGUCGUCCCUUCGUUUACAUUUCUCCUGAAAUUUUUGCUAUUUAUUCAUUUCGUCUUCACUUGCGAUCAAAUAAAAUUUUCUUAUUAUGACUGAUGACCCCAUAGCAUGUCAAAACUUAUAACUUGGUCGCAAGGCGAAUAAAAUUCUUUUUUCUUA